AUGCCGGGUCUGCCACCAAAUUCGAGAUCGGAGAAGAUCCAAGACUACGCCAACCAAUGUGUUGGCAUCCCGUGGCGCGAAGAGAGAGUUCGUGCAGCUGACGGGAAAGACUUGGCUCUGUGUGUAGCUGAUGUGCAUCUUGGCAACCCGCACAAGAACCAGAAGCCCGUGUCAGUCUACUACAUUUUGUACUUUCAGGGUAAUGCUGCCUCUAUACCGCCUCGCCUUCCUGAUCUCUCUUCGACCCUUGCCAUGCUGAAAAGGGAUUUGUCUGAUCAACCCAGCCCAGUGAGAUUGACGUUUGCAUGCCUUAGUUAUAGGGGCUACUGGACUUCAAAGGGUCGACCUAGUGAGAGGGGCAUCAGACUGGACUCUGUUGCGAGCUUGGACUGGAUAUCCCGGCAGCACGAGGCAACCACGGGUACAGCUAUCGCUGCCUCAGAUCCUCCUGCAACUCGAAGCGCCAAAGUAAUCCUUUGGGGCCAGUCUAUCGGUUCCGGUGUUGCGACUAAUCUGGCAGCUGAAUAUGCCAUGCCCACGAAUUUACGUCUAGACUCUAUAAUUCUGGAAACACCGUUUACGAAUUUACGUGCAAUGCUCGAGGUUCUUUAUCCACAAAAGUGGCUUCCAUACAAGUAUUUGUGGCCGUUUCUUCGAAAUCAGCUGGACAGCUGGAAGAACAUGGGCAUGAUAUACGAGAAGUACAGGAACACAGACAAGCUACCGAACAUCUUCAUUCUCGAAGCCGCCAAGGAUGAGUUAGUACCAGCCUCUCUGAGUCAGGAACUUUACGAUAGAGUCGUGGAAGUCGGACUUCCAGUUGACAAGAAGGCUGUCCCGGGCGCUUUCCACAACGACACCAUGUUCAGGGUGGCAGGUAGGAAGGCGGUAUCGGAAUUUAUCGCAGGCCGUAUUAACAAACGAGUUUAG